CCGUGACGCUGGCAUCCAAUAUUACAAUGUGCUGUGUCCUCCAGGUUUUCCUUGCUCGUUCGUGCUGCUUUGAUGGAAGUUGGACUUCGAGUUGGUGACGGAGCUGCAGCUCUACGUCAUGCUGUGGCGUCAACCUGGCAGGCACCAUCCACACGUUGGCAGUUCCUUCAGCACAUUGCCAGUGUACGUGGUAAUACCCGACUCAUCAUAGCCCACUACUGCCUGCCUGUGCAAAAGCAAAAGACACAGCUCUCUCAAUCCUCGACAGUGGAUGCCAUGGUGCUAUGCCGUUGGAAGAAGGCUCCUGGAGACGCGCCUCUGCCGCACUCCUGCAUGUGGUACACAAAAGAAAAACAAGCACAUCGCCUUGCCUAACCCCAAUUCUCUGCUGUCGCUCGACAGAAUAGAAACAUGGCCACGUGAGGCGGCCCGAUCACCCAUCUUCGACUUGCUUCUAGAUGACAUGCGUGCUAUGACAACGUCAAUCAAGAAUCUCUGAAGGGCCUUGGGUCAUCUUGAGUCGUGGAAAUCUUCGAUCCGUCCCAGUCGCGUCGCGUACCUCAUCUCUUAUGCUAAACGGCUGUAUGGGCCGGUGUCUCGUCCGCCACCGCUUUGAUCUCUACGUCUUGUCCAUGCGAAGUGUCCUGUUGAUCCUGUCCUUUCGACUCCUCGUUUGCUGGUUGCGGAGCAGGGGUACCUUCACGCUCACUUCGAGCCGACUCGACGUCUGAGGUAUCGGGAGUGCUUUUCU